AUGCCGGUAUCUAGUGGUUUCGAUUAUUAUCCGUAUAAUUAUCCAACAACAAAAGUAAAUCGUAGUACACCAACCACACAACUUAUAUCACGUACUCCUAAGUUUCAAUCUCUGAAACAAAAUGGUAUCAAUACAAAUUCAAAAUCAACAUCUACUGGCAAAUUACCAUCACUUCUGUUAUCGACACGAAUGCCCGCCGACAAACGGCCAUCACUACGUUCGCAAACAUUUGUAUUAAUGACAAAACCCAAUGAAACAAAACUUAAAGUCCGUAAAGAGAGCUUAGUCAAAACUAGUUCUCAACGAUUACCAACAGUAGAAACUCCUGUUAGAAGUAUUUCAACAUCUCUUGAAAAGAAAGGUGCACAAUUACUAUAUAGCAAAAGUUUGAAUCAACCGACAUCAAAAUAUGUUAGUACAUCUACUUAUCUUCGAGAUUCUGAUCAGAAACCUGCCAAUCUUCCUAAAAGGCAUAAGAGUGCUUAUCAUUCUUCUUCUCCUGCUCCUGCUUAUCAACGAAAGUCUACACCACCAUUUAAAGAUUUUUCUGAUGUACCACCACGUUUGCGAAUAGGGAAACAUGAUUAUAUAGUACAACGAAGAAAUUUAACGCCCGAUCAUGUUUAUGAAGAUUAUAAUCUAAAGGGUUCUGUCGAAAAAAGAAAACCCCUACGAGCUACACGCAAUCCGCUACGUCGAAGUGAAAAUGUUUAUUAUCUCAAACCUCGUGCAUCUCAUCAUUCAAUAUCAAUUGAAAUACCUACACCAACAGAAUAUGCUGAGGUUAUGGAGCCAACACCAACACCACCGCCGCCACCAGUGCAGGUUCGUCAUCAUCGUUCAUCUCGCGCUGAAAUAAUUUAUAUUGAUGAGGAAAAACCAACAACACCACCGCCAGUACAGGCUCGUAAUCAUCGUUCAUCCCGUCAUGAAGUAAUCUAUAUUGAUGAGGAAAAAUCAACAACACCACCACCACCACCGCCGCCGCCAGUACAAGUUCGUCAUCAUCGCUCAUCCCGCGCUGAAAUAAUUUAUAUUGAUGAAGAAAAAUCAACAACAUCACCAGUACAGGUUCGUCACCAUCGUUCUUCCCGUCCGGAAGUAAUUUAUAUUGAUGAAGAAAAAUCAACAACAACGUCACCGCCGCCAGUACAGGCUCGUCAUCAUCGCUCAUCCCGUCCAGAAGUAAUUUAUGCUAAUGAAGAAAAAUCAAAAACCUAUACUGAUAGUUUUAUAUAUUUUGAUGAGAAAGGCAGUGAAAUCAAAUAUAUUGAUGAAAAUAGUGGUAAACUUAAAUAUAUUAAUGAACGAAUUCCAUCCCCACAAUAUGUUCAAUAUCCUUAUGAUGAUCAUAAAAAGAAACGACAUUCAUAUGAACAAAAAAUCAUUUAUAUAGAAGAUAAAGAUGAGCAAUAUUCACCUGAGCCUCAAGUUAUUUAUAUAAAUGAUAAAGAUCAUCGACAUUCAAAAGAACCCGAAGUUGUUUAUGUAGAAAAAGAUGAUCAACGACGUACACAUCAAGCUGAACGACAUACACAAAAGUCUGAUACUAUUGAUGUUGAUAAUACAAAAAAACGACACUCGCAUCAAACUGAAGUUAUUUAUAUCGAAGAGAAAAGUCAUCGACGUCGUCAUGACUCUGAAGUUAUUCCUGUCGAAAAGAAAGAUAGUCAACGUCACGAUGAAUCUGAAAUGUUUCAUAUCGAAACGAAAGAUAAGCGACGUCGUCAUGAAUCUGAAGUCAUUUAUAUUCAAGAUGAUUCAUUACUUAAUCCAAACGAUUAUAAAAUGGUAUAUACUCAACCACCAAUAACAAAAGUUUUCAAUUAA